UCUCUCCAAAGGAAAAAAACAUGACCGUUGAUCUCAAGUUGUUCGAACUGGUGGACAGCAAGACUCGCAAGGUUUCCUUUUCACCAGCGGUAUGGCGUGCCAAGUUUGCGCUCAACUACAAGAAGAUUACAUAUGAAUCUGUACCUCUUACUUUUCUCGAGAUCCCAACUGUCAUUACAGCUGCAUGUCCAAACGUGAUAUCACCCACAGUACCUACAUUGCAGCUCGAGCCUGGAAAUGGACUGCCUGAUAGUUUCGCGAUCGCAGAGUAUAUAGAAGAGCAAUAUCCAGAUCGACCGCUGCUCUUUGGCAAGAACAUCUCGGAGAAGAACCUGCAGCGGUUCUUCGAAUCCUAUGUUCAAUCCAAAAUCCAUCCACCGAUCCGACGAAUGGUCUAUAACGACAUGUAUAGCAUGCAGGACGAAAAGAACGCAGACUACUUUAGAACAUCUCGCGAGAAGAGUUCUGGCCAACCUCACCAUUUGAUUGCAGGAGACCGUAACCAGAAUUUGAGAGAACUCAAAGAAAGUCUUGGAUUGGUCCACACAGCACUACAGUCCGGUGACUGGAUCCUAGGACCCCAACCUGGAUGGGCAGAUUUCGUGCUUGGAGCGAGCUUCAUGUGGUUCAACUCGUGUUCCCCCAACGAUUUCAAGGAAGGCAUCUUGGAGGCCUUUGAUGAUCAAAUCAUGCUCAAUUACUGGAAAAAGAUGCAGGAGUACGUUUACUAAAUGCAAUUUUACCCAGAAAAAAGUUUAGCAUCUACACCUUAAUUCAAAUGAAAAUUAAAGAACUGUUUUUUGUCAUCGGAAUCAAGG